UGACUAGAUGUUCAAGUCUUAUGGCUUGGGGGCAGAAGCUGUUUAGAAGCCAAUUGGACCUAGAUUUUGCGCUCCGUUACCGCUUGCCGCCAGGUAGCAGAGAGAACAGUCUAUGACUAGGGUGACUGGAGUCUGACCAUUUGUAAGGCCUUCCUCUAUGAUAUGUUAUCUUUGUUAUGGUAUGCAUUAAUUUGUGGAUGUCAAUCACCCAUUUCGUAUGACAAGUAGAUAUAAAUUAAUAAGAAGUUUCAAGUUAGCUAAAAUGCUAAAGUUGUCUGUGAUGAGACCAAGUAAACACAUGGCUUUCUUUCAUUCGCCAUAUACCCAGCUAUAAAUUGGGAAUCGGCCCAGGAGCGGGCCUCUUCUGGAGGCCGGAACUGAUUGAAUCGGUCCGGAAUCAAAAUGAAUGACUGCCCAGAGUCGGCCCGUUUCAGUCGACCAGUAUUCAGCCGAAUUUUUUUGAUCGGCAUUCUUACCAGAAGCGGCCCGAUGCAAAUGUAAAUAAAUGUGUAGGUCUAUGUCGGCAUGCCGAUGGCACGCUUCCUCAAAACUUGCGAACUCGGAGAGUUCCUUACACAAACGUUUUAAUGCUUAUUAAUUGACUUGAAAAAGUAUCAAAAUACUACACAGGACUCUUAAAGAAUUAUUUAAAUAUUAAUUAUAUUUUUUGAUCACAGAAAAAUAAAUAAUGAAAUGUUAACUAUUAAAAAGCAGCCCGUGUAAUCAUCUGCCAUAGAGUAGCCCCAAUCUGCCCGAGCCCCAAGUAAUACAUUUGGGACAGAUAACUCACACCUGAAUCGGCCCGAGCUCAUUCCCCGCAUCGUAGCCAUAAGUAAAUACUGUUGAAGGCGGCCCUGACUCGGCCCACAUGACGCCGGCCGAGUUUGACUCUCAGCUGAGUGCCCCGACUCUCAGCCGGAAUCGGCCCAGAUCGACUGUGCCAGCUGGGUGUUUACUCAGUCUGUCGCUAAAAUUCAAAUGGCUUUAUAUACAUGUACUGAAAGCCCAAUUGUUGGGGAGUUGCAGCGAUAAGACAAGUUCGUAAUGAUGAAAAAGGGGUAUAAAUGUAUUCCCGAGCGUGCAAGGGGAACCAUGCCUGCAAAGCCCGUUACGCACCUGCAUAAGAGGCCAGACACCCUGACCACAGGGGCUGGUCACCCGGUAGGGGACAAGCUGAAUAUAAUGACCACAGGUCCCCAGGGGCCCCUCCUGGUGCAGGACACCCCAUUCAUAGAUGAGAUGUCACACUUCGACCGUGAGCGCAUCCCAGAGAGGGUGGUGCACGCCAAGGGAGGCGGAGCGUUCGGGUACUUUGAGGUGACACAUGACAUCUCUCGCUACUGCAAGGCCAAGGUGUUUGAGCAUGUGGGAAAGACCACACCUAUCGCCGUCCGCUUCUCCACCGUGGCUGGGGAAUCGGGCUCAGCCGACACAGUGAGAGACCCACGUGGUUUUGCAGUCAAGUUCUACACUGACGAGGGCAACUGGGACCUUACUGGCAACAACACCCCCAUAUUCUUUAUCAGGGACGCUAUGCUGUUCCCAUCCUUUAUCCACUCUCAGAAGCGCAACCCCCAGACUCACCUAAAGGACCCAGACAUGGUGUGGGACUUCUGGAGCCUGCGGCCUGAGUGUAUGCAUCAGGUGUCCUUCCUGUUCAGUGACCGUGGUCUGCCUGACGGCUUCCGCCACAUGAACGGCUACGGCUCCCACACCUUCAAGCUGGUCAACGCCGAGGGUCAGCCUGUCUACUGCAAGUUCCACUACAAGACCGACCAGGGCAUCAAGAACAUGAAACCUGAGGAUGCCGAGCACCUGGCUUCCACCGACCCGGACUACGCCAUCCGAGACCUUUACACCUCCAUCGCCAAUGGCAACUUCCCCUCCUGGUCCUUUUACAUCCAGGUCAUGACCUUUGAGCAGGCAGAGAAGUUCCAGUGGAACCCCUUUGACCUGACCAAGGUGUGGUCUCACGAGGAGUACCCCCUCAUUCCUGUGGGGAGGUUGGUGCUCAACAGAAACCCUGCCAACUACUUUGCUGAGAUCGAGCAGCUCGCCUUUGACCCCAGCAACAUGCCCCCAGGCAUCGAGCCCAGCCCUGACAAGAUGCUGCAGGGGCGUCUGUUCUCCUACCCAGACACACACCGGCACCGGCUGGGCGCCAACUACCUGCAGCUGCCCGUCAACUGCCCCUUCAGGACCCGUGUGGCCAAUUACCAGCGAGACGGGCCCAUGUGCAUGUUGGACAACCAGGCUGGCGCUCCCAACUACUUCCCCAACAGCUUCAGUGCUCCAGAGACCCAACCCCAGUACGUGGAGACCAGGUUUAAGGUGUCCCCAGAUGUGGGCCGCUACAACAGCACUGACGACGAUAACGUCACACAGGUGCGUACCUUCUUCACUAAGGUGCUGAACGAGGAGGAGCGCCAGAGGCUUUGUCAGAAUAUGGCUGGUGCCCUGAAGGGAGCCCAAGUCUUCAUCCAGAAACGCUGGGUUCAGAACCUGAUGUCUGUGCAUGCAGACUAUGGAAACGGGGUCCAGGUCCUACUCAACAAUGCUGAGCCCAAGAAGGACGCUGUGAGAGUGUAUACCCGUGGAGGUGCAGCUGCCAUCACUGCCUCCUCCAAGAUGUGAUGCCUUAACUUCCACCUGGGGGGCAGUUCCACCUUUUGCGCUUACCAGCCUUCUAUCCAAGAUCCUACUUCUAACCGUCCGUGAAUGCGAUAGCUAAUGAAAUGGGAAAUUAUCAUAUUUUAAUAUUCCUCAGGCUGCUUACAACAUUGUUCUAAUGUGUUUCCUGUCCAUUUUGCCAAAGUUCACACAGAAAUGUAUGUAGUCAGACUGCAGCCCUAUGGGAGAAGAGCUGUCCCCAAACUACAUCUGUCAAAUAUACAGGUCUGCUGUCUGAAAUGUUCAUGCCAUUUUCAGUAUAGUGACCCAUCUCUUCCCAAUUAUGUAUCGUUUGUGUGUCCGUGUUUCAUCGAAGCCCUGAUAGUUAGCUUAAUAGAGGUAUCUGUUAGCCUAUAUGCAAAAAAUGACAUUUAUCCUAGUUUAAAAAAAACACCAAUGUUUUUGAAUGAGAUUCAUAAUUAUUUUGCAGUUUAAACUUAAGUUCUCUUCAAAAGUGUUCCUGUGUUAAGGCCUACACCAUUUCCCUUGUUUAUAUUAGAAAUAGUUGCCGGCCAUCAAUCGGUGAGAGUGACUGUGAUUGAGUCAUGAAAGAAUGUUUAAGUCAUCGUCCUCGCAGCCAAACCAACACAGCAGUGCCUUUUUGGUUAGAAACGUAUCCAUAGUCACCAUGGCAUUAUAAAGGGUUUGCAAUGACUUUUAUGAAUAAUCUCAUGUACAAAAUGGGUUGAAUUAGGGCUGGGGAAACAAGAACCACUACUGUUUACUGAGGAGAAAUCUUAGUCCUUAUCCAUUCUCACAAAUCUCCCUAAACGUUUUCUAUGUUCCAGCUGAGCCCUGGGCUGUUAGUGUUUCUGUGCUAGGUAGCAUUCCCCAUCAUAUCGCCUGUCUGAAGUGAUUUGUGAUAUUAAUAUGCAAUUGUGAACUUUGAACCACAAAAUAAGAUGCAUUAUUGAGUGCUUGAUCUUUCAAUUUAUGCUAAUAUAUCCAACGGCAAUGCUA